GAGCCAUGGAGCCGCACGCGCCUGAGGAGACUGUCCCGACCUAAGGACCUCAGAGAGGAUCCAGGGUCCUACCUCGGAGCUGUGUGUGGGGUGGGGGGUGGGGGGAAGGGGAAGUGGGAGAGUGAGGGUGGGGAAAGGCACCUGGGCUUGGCGCAAUAGGGGCUUUCCAGCGGUGUGGAGAGAAGCAGGCGGCGGGGGAGGGGUCUUCUCCUGCACCCCCCUCCCGCCCCGCCCCUACGCCCGGGGACCGCGGGCUCGAAGCCCCGGUUCCCUAAGCCCAGGCGCUGGCGAUCCGGAUCUGCCUGGAGGGGAGGGGAGGACGAUGGACUGGAGCCCCCGCACCCUCACCCCAGCCCAUCACCCGCCUCCCCGUCCCUCUCCGCGCUAACUCUCCGGGCGUCCUCGCCGGCCGCAGGCGGAGCUCGCUCCGCGGCGCUCGGCGAUCCCCGGCCCCCGCCCCUUCCCCUGUCCCUCUGUCCCCGGAACCCCCCCGCCCCCCCCACAGCGGCCGCCACCGCCGCCGUACAGCUCCGCGCGGCGCAAGCAGGUACGUGCGCCUCGGCAGCGGCUCCGGGCCGGGCCGGGAAGGGGGCGGGAGCAGGGGAGGGUGAGGCAGAGGCGGCCAGGCCCGCGCCCUCCGGGCUGCGCCGCAGGAGGGACCCCCGCAGGCGGACGCUGGCUGCAGGGAGGCGGGCAGGCACCCGGGAGGACGCACCCUCGCCCGCCGGGCGCCCUUCGCCCUUCGCCCCCGCGUGGGGAGGCAGGAAGGGAGGCCCGGCACAGCUGCCAAGGGGCCAAGGGAUGAGCUGGGGCCCUCAUUCCCAAUGGCAUCUCCCCCUGGUCUGGAACUGAAGACACUGAGCAAUGGUCCCCAAGCCCCAAGGAGAUCAGCUCCCCUGGGCCCAGUGGCCCCAUCCAGGGAGGGUGUGGAGAAUGCCUGCUUCUCCUCAGAGGAGCACGAGACCUAUUUCCAGAACCCCAGGAACACGAGACUGGGCAGCUCACCCAGUCCCCCUGGGGGUGUCCCCUCAUUGCCCCGAUCCCAGCGGGAUGAUCUGUCCCUGCAUUCAGAGGAGGGGCCAGGCCUGGAACCCGUGAGCCGCCCGGUGGAUUAUGGCUUCGUUUCCGCCCUGGUUUUCCUGGUGAGUGGGAUUCUCCUGGUGGUGACAGCAUACGCCAUCCCCCGUGAGGCUCGAGUCAAUCCGGACACAGUGACAGCACGGGAGAUGGAACGACUAGAGAUGUACUACGCCCGCCUAGGCUCCCACCUGGACAAGUGCAUCAUCGCAGGCCUGGGGCUGCUCACGGUGGGCGGCAUGCUCUUGUCAGUGCUGCUUAUGGUCUCCCUGUGCAAGGGUGAGCUGUACCGCCGGAGGACCUUCGUCCCUGGCAGGAGCUCUGGGAAGACCUACGGCUCCAUUAACUUGCGCAUGAGACAGCUCAAUGGGGAUGGGGGCCAGGCCCUGGUGGAGAACGAAGUCAUCCAGGUCCCAGAGACUAGCCAUACCCUCCAGCGGUCUUAAGUACGAGCCCACCUUAUCUGGCUGCUUUUGCUCCAGUGCUACAAGGUCCCCCACCACCCCCACCAAGGCCUGGGGUUUCAAACUGAGCUCACAUAGGGGCCCUGUGGAAGAAGUACUUGGUGCCGAAGGGAGAGCUCGGGGCCCAGUCCAGGCCCCACACGGGCCAGCAUCCCACUGAUCUGUUUUGUAGCUGAGGUUUUACAUACGGUUUUGUUUGGAGGAUGGCUUCUGCUGCUAAAAAUACAAAAGUUUGGAAACACUGCUCUUGGAGGAUGAGAUUUUUUGGCAUUUCUGAAGAUUGGGAGCUGUUUGAAAUAUUGCCCAUCCUGUUCCUCAUGUCUUGGGGAGUGAGGGACCUCCUCUGUCCUCAUCAUAGAGGGUGUUCAUUGGCCAUGGAGGGGUCCCUUUCAGCCAUGUGGGAGGUAGCUUCAUGAUGAGGGGAGAAGCCAGCACUGGAGUGACCCCCCAGUACCCCUGCUGACUGAACUGUGAUCCUACCCUCACCAGGCCUCAGCUGCCCUGUCUUCAAGUGAGAGGGUUGGACUGGAUGACCCCUCGGGUCUCUCUAGUUCUUCCCUGAGAAUGGGAACCCAGUUUCUGUCUCCGGUCACCCCUCCAGGGGAGGAAGGCAUCCACCAGGCACUAACUAGUCUCCCUGCCACUUUCUGGCCUGACCACAGGGAACACCACAGCCAGCAGCUCUCAUGGUCUCGGGAAAGAGCUCCCUGGUGGCUUCGGGUUCAGUUCAGUUUGCUACAGCCUGUUUGGUCUUGGGAUCUAAUUUCCUGCAGUGACACAUUUUUACAAAGCCAAGUGCACAGUCUUCCCCAGUUCUCUGGGCAAGAAGGAUCUUUCAUACAAGAAAGAGCAAGGGCUUUAUUUCUGUGGGCAUGAUGUAGGCCUUGAUCCCCUUCUCCUCAAUAGUAUGUCUCUCGCUCUUUACCUUAUUCUGCUAGCAGGAAAAAAUUUUUAUGCUGAAUUUGUAACCUUAAUCUCACCAUAUAGUAGUAAAGUGAAACCGCAGCUUAACUGGGGGAGAAAUCGGGCACAUUUGGGUGGCCUGGACACGCUGACCACGUUGCCAUUUGUUUUUUUCUUAUGAAAAUAUUUCUAGGUUCCUGCAGACUCUCUUUAAACUCUUGAUAAGGAAAGGAAGUAGGCCUUGGGGCAAGGAGAUACAGGUGUUUGAGGACUGUGAGGCGGCAUCCUUCAGUCUGAAUGGCCCCAGAGGGCUUUGAGAGCACAUGCCUUCUAAGCCACUGGUGUAGAGACCCUACAGGGGUCAUUUUAGUGAAUCCCCUCCCAAUGUAGGUCCUAUUUAUUCCAUCUUAGUUGGCCACGUGGGCCAAGGAUCCUGUUUCUCGGGGGUGGGAGGUGGGGUGGGCAUUGGGUCUGUAGGGUAGAGAGGCCCUGAUUAGCUGUAACUUGAGCCUUCAGUCUAGUGAGUAAAACAUCUGGGCAGUGUAAUAUCACAGCUUCUAUGACAGAUCAAAUAUCUGCUCCUGCUGGUAGGUUUUACCAAGAGCAGAGAGCUAGAGAAAGGCUGGAAGGGACAAGAAUUGUUUAGCUUGGCUUCCCAGGUUUUUGCUGCGGUAUUGAAGAGGUAUGGUUUGAAAAGAGCAAAGCUCCGAGAUGGUAAAAGAUUCACAAGUCCUGGGUUUCCACAGUUUCGUCAAUUUCUCCCAGGCUCCAAGCAGGGCACAGCCACAGAAAGUGGCAUGAGCUGUUCUAAGUAAACCACAGAGGAUUGGGCAUCCCAAAUCAUGGGCUAAGGCUUUGCAAUCCAUAUUGUUAAUAAUAAAAAUAUCAACCAAG